GGGACGAAAAGAGUGGUUAAAACUUGAAACUUUAACAAAGGGAACACUGAACACCGAAGAGCGAGAGAGAGAGAGGCAUGGCCAGUGGAGGAAAAGCGACCUUCUCUGCGGCGGCGAGCGACGCAGCAAGAGGUACAGGUGGCAAACUGAAGCGGCAAAGCGCGAGGAGACAUACGACGACGACGCCGUAUUCUCGACCGCCUCAGAACCAAGUACAAGGGAGGAGGCCGUGGAUCUCGAGAAUCUUCGUCGAUCCUGCUUAUCGGGCUAUCUCCAGCGGGGCUACGAAACUACUUCCCUACUUCUUCUCCAGUGCCGCCUCUUCCGCUCCUGCUCUUAGAGCUCCAGAAGAUGAAGAUCAACAUCAUCAAGAUAAGUUGAAGGAUGAUUCACUGGAGAAUGAUCCCAGCAGUGUAACACCAAGUUUAAAUAAACCGAAGUCAGAAUCAAUUGAAGAGGGAGGUACUAGCAGUACAUCAAACAUUAAGGAAAACAGUUUCAAUAUCAGUGCACAAGCAAUAAGCAACAGAGCAAAAAGUGAUGUUGAUGCGAUGUCGGAGCUUGAAAGGCUAAUGGAAGGAAAAACGUUUUCUCGGGCGGAAACUGAUCGUCUUAUAGAGAUAAUAAAUUCAAGGGCUACUGAUCUACCUGAUGUCGCGAGAGAAGAGAUAAUGGAGAUCCCUACGAGAGAGGGAGCCAAGAAAAGUGUGAGUUUUCUUGAUCAGAAAAAAGUACCCGUUGGUGGCAAGGAUGCUAGUAGUGAUCUUUGGGCUACACCAACCCCACUUGCCAAGUCAGUAUCUUUUGAAGGAGACGAACAUGUGCGGGAUGAAGCUGGUCUAUCACCAGCAGAACUUGCUAAGGCAUAUAUGGGAGGCCAUACGGUAUCAAGUAGUUCCCAAGAUUUUGUAGCAAGAAAUGAAAAGAACUGUCUAGACCGAGGGAAUCUUGUGGCAAAUUCUUUACGUGCAUCACCAUCAAGCAAGCCUUCUGCUUGUUGGCCUGGUGUCAAGUCAAAUGAGCAAUCUGGCUUUGCAACUCCUCAAAGUCAACGAGAAAACUUUGGGAUCCGAAGUUUUCCUAGGACCCCAUAUCCUAGAUCCAUCCUUUCAGGUUCUAAGUCACAGCUGAUGCAAUUGCAAGACAAUAGUAGCAAGCGCUUAAGCACCCUCCAGUCUCCCUCCCAAAGUGUGCAGACGAGAUAUGGCCAGCUCAAACUUAACAAGGGAAGUGAUGGUGGACUCUUUGGACCCAGUAGAAGAUCUCGCCAGAGCGCCACCAUGUCUCCUUAUUCACGACCUUCCAGGAGUCGUUUUGAAAAUUCUGCUAACUUGAAGAGAUCUGAAGCAGGGGAAUCUAGUGAUCUAUCUAUGUCCCAGACAACAACAUAUGGUAAGCGUAUAGGGUUGGAAGCUGGUACACCUACUGUUCCUAGACAUUCUAGUCAGAUCGCUAGGACGAUACUGGAUCACCUUGAAAGGACCCAAGCCACCCCGAAAGAUAAAUCUGCUGAGUUAAAGCUUGCCACUUCUUGGAGAUUUCCCCAGUCUUCGAAAGCUGUUGAACAAAGCAGCUCAAACAUCAACAAUGUAAAAAAGGAUGGCCCAACAACCAAGGUGAAUGAAGAUAUCCCUAAAUUUUUCUCUCACAAUCCACCAUCCUCUGUGCCGAAACUAUCUGAAGUUACCACCGGUGGCACUCAAAAUGCAAUGGCCAAGACCGCUUCAGCAUCAAAUGGAAUAUUGAGUGGCAGUAAUAAUGGUACCAUACUCCAGUAUGAGUUAGGGAAGCCUAAGGGCUCUCUCUCCGGAAGCACACAUGAAAAGGAAGCUACGAAAGCUGUUUCCUAUUCUUUUGGAGGCGACCCCGCAAAUCUCCCCAAGCCACCAUCUCAUUCACUGGGAAAUAACAAACGGUCACUUUCAUCGAUCUCAGUACAGAAGCCUACUUACCAAAAAUGGGCAGUUCCUUCGGGUUCAAACGCUAGCUUCACAUUCCCUAUCUCUUCUUCAUCUGACGGAGCAACAACAUCAGAGCCCACAACUCCAUCGAUCAUGCCGUUAACAACACCAAAUGGUGGUGGGGUUGCCAUUACAAGUCAGCAUGAAGCAACAAAAGAUGACGAGAUUCCUCAGUUUAGUUUCGGGGGUAACAGAAGAGGAGAUGAUAAGUUGCCUCUGGUCUUCGCUUUCUCCUCUGUGAGCGAAGAAGUGAACAAUGAGGAGAAGUUUGGAGAUAUCAAGUUCACAUUUGGGUCUAACAAGGCAGAGAGAAUAUCUUUUAGCUCACCAGGAAGUGAUGGUGUUUGCUGUUAAAACAAGGACGUUGAUGGACUCUUCUGUUUCUCUUUUCCUUUUCCAGUCUUUUUUGUAUCACAGAUUUGUUACUUUGCGAGUAUAACUUGGUUCUUUAGAAACAUUUGGUUUUGAUUUCGGAGUUGUAUUCAUUUGAUCUCUUUUGUAUCUGCUUUUAGAAGCAAAACAUCAUUUUUCUUACAUCCGACAUUAUUAAUCGAAUGUCAUUUGGAGAGUUAAA